AUGUCAAUAGUCUAUCGAUAUUUUUUACGAGCGAAACGUUUUUAUCGUGUUCAUUGUCGAGCAAGAUCAAAACUAAAUCGAAUUUUAAAGAUAAUAUGUAUCAUUAUUAUUGCACUAGUGAUUAUGAAUUUAAUCAAUGUGACGUUGUUUAGCACUAUUUUGUAUAUGCAAGAAAAUUCAGAUGAACCAGAUUAUGACCAUGAUACUCGUCCUUAUUAUAAACAAAUUGAAAAUAAAAAACGUUUUGAUUCAUCUGGAAAUUAUUUGAUUGUAACAAAUUUUCUAACUUAUCAUAGUAACUCGACAGUUCGUACUGAUUUAUUAUCAUUAAAUUUACAUUGUAACAUCGAUCAGUUAGAUAUGCUUGUAUUGUAUGCUAAAUUAUGGUCUGGACCGAUUAGUAUUGCAGUGUAUGUCAAAGGAACAAAAGCAUCAGAUCAUAUUGAUUAUGCAUCGAUGUGGUUCAGAUGUAAUAGAAAACUAUUUAAACAUUUAUCUGUUCAUCUAGUUAUAUCAGCAACAGCUUAUGAAAGAUCUCUCUCUGGUCAACAACAUUCUCGUGAUGUCAAAUAUGCUGUAAAUUGUGCUCACAUUCGUUAUGUCAAUCAUACUUCUGAAAUGGACACGACUCCUUAUCCAACCAAUUUACUGAGAAAUGUUGCACGUCAAGGUUUCAAUGUUCCCUAUAUGUUAAAUCUCGAUAUUGAUAUUAUUCCAUCUCCAGAUUUAUUUCAUGAUUUAAUUCUUUUUCUAACCAAUACUCCUGCUGAUAAUCAAGAAUAUUUAAAUCGUACCGUCUAUGUAAUACCUGUAUUUGAAAUUCAUUCAGCUUUUUUGGAAAAACAACCAUUGCCUCAAAAUAAACGUGAAUUAUUACUAUUAUGGAAUGAUAAACAAAUUCAACCGUAUCAAACAAACAUUUGUCCACAAUGUCAACAGUCAACAAAUUAUGCAGCAUGGAAAGAAGCUGUUCAUAAUGAUCAAGUUGUACCUUUGUUUAAACCACAUUAUUCUGCACCAUGGGAACCAAUAUAUAUAGGACCUAUCGGUGUACCACAGUAUGAUCAACGAUUUAAACAACAUGCACACGCUCGAAUUAGUCAGUGUUGUGAAACUUAUCUCGCAGGUUAUGAUUAUGCUGUGUUGAACAAUGUAUUUUUAUAUCGUAAAGGUUUUCUUGAUAAAAGUAAAGUACAAUCAACAGAAUUAAUUGAUGAUGAAACAUCAAAAUUGUUAUAUGAACAAUUUAAAGAGGAUACGCGUCUUCGAUAUUCAGAUACAUCUAGAAAAUUUGUAAGACGAAAUAUUAGUUAUGAAAUUCAGGCAGAUGAUGGUACUGAGUAUGCUAUUCAAACAUCACCAUCAUUAUCGGUAAAAAAUCGUAUUCAGAAUUAUCUUGGUUUUCCAAAAUCUGUUCAAGGUGAACAAUAUGAUAAUGAACAUUAUUGGCAUGUUAACCAUUUAUUGGCUGCUGUUGUGUUUAUUGAAGAUGCUAUUAAUUAUCGUACAAUUAAUCAUAAAGUAACACGAAAAUAUUUACUCGUCUAUCGAUGGUUUUCAAGUAAACCAAUUCGACUUUUACAUCGUGUGGCAUUAUUUGUUAAUUUAUUAUUGGCAUUUAUUGAAAAACCCUCAUCAUUUAGUUAUACCUCCGAUGUACGUUAUCAACCUCAUCGUUAUGAAUUUUCACGUGGUUUUAUCAUGUUUAUAGAAAUUUUAACAUUAGGCCUAUUUUCAUUGUAUAUAGCAACAAAAAUAUCAUUUGUCGGUAUAAAACAUGCGCGAAGAAAAUUUUGGAUAGUAGCAUUUUUUCUAACAUUAAUUUAUUCGAUAUGUGAAUGGUUUGCAUUUGUUGCGUUAGUUAGUCAAGUACAUCAAGGGAUUCGUUUACGUCGUAUAUUUCGACCAAUAUUUAUGAUUGAAUCAUCUCAAUUGAUAAAAAAAGCAUUGAAAUCAGUGCAGAAAGAUUCUCUAACUAUAAUUGCAUGUAUUGUUAUGGCCUUAACUCAUAUACUCUUUUUUGCUGUUCUCGCUAUGUUUUUAUUUCCUCGAUCAGAUGCAUCAAUUAUAAACUCUCAAUUACGACGUCGUUCAGCAACGCGUGCUGCCUAUGAAAUAUUGACAACGCGUAUGACAUACGAUGGAAGACCAGAAACAAAAGAAUAUGUUCCAAUAUCAAUAAUUCGAACAGUAAUCAAUACAGCUACAAUGAAAUACUGGCAUAGAACAAAAAUAAAUGAAAAAUUGGCUACAGCUGCACGACAUAAACCAAUGUUAACAUUUGAUGAAUAUUCAGAUGUGAUGAAAAUUUUAGAUUUAAAUCCAUCUUUAUCUACAGAUUUACAAAUGGAUUCAUUGGGAUCAGAUUGGCGUAGUCGUUUGAAGUCUAUUGGUCGUUCAAUGUUGUUCGAUCGAAUUGGAACGAUUAUGGCAUUAAUCAGUGUUAUACUAGUAACGGUCGAAGUAAAUAUUCGUCAUUUUCACGUGAAUCCUGAAGAUACAUUUACAAAAAGUCUUCCAGUUGGUUUGACAAAUCUAGGUUUUAUGAUUUAUUUUUGCUUUGAAUUUGCAUUUAAAAUAUGGGCAUUCGGUUAUAAAAAAUACGUUCAAUCUACAAUAAAUAUUUUUGAAACAAUUGUUGCUUGUACAUGUCUUAACAUUCGAAUUGUCGUUGGUACAGUUGUUGAUGAGUUUCGUAAUGGUGGUGCUUUCUUUGGCGUAUUAUUGAUUUUUUACUAUUUCUAUGCAAUGAUUGGUAUGGAAAUAUUUAAUGGUUCGAUUGAUCAACUUUAUGCAAAGUACAAUAGUACGAAUAUAACUGUAUGUGGCUCCUAUGAACAACUUGAAUAUUGGCCAAAUAAUUUUAAUGAUUUUUAUGUAAGUUUUAACUACUAGUUGAUAAUCACUGAUAAAUUGCUAAUAAACUUGAAAAAUAUAAAUAGUUCACUAUCUGACUAUAAUAAACUUGUUUCGUCUAUUUUUAGUCA